AUGCCCGCCGAUUCAUCGGACGUCUCUUCCGGUUGGGAGCGAGUCUCCGACCAGGACUCUCAGUCUAACUCGUCGACGAGCGCGAUGUGGAACGGUGAGACUCCCUAUUGGCACGGACAGGAGGACAUCGUCAUCUCCGGAGUCUCCGGACGUUUUCCUAGGUCCGAGAAUGUGAAAGAAUUUGGAGAUAAUUUGCUCGCCGGCGAGGAUCUCGUCACUGAGGACGAUCUCCGUUGGCCACCCGGCUUCUACGAUCUGCCAAAACGCCACGGAAAGCUGAGGGAUUUGAAGAAAUUCGACACUCAAUUCUUCGGAAUCACCCCUAAACAGGCCAAUUUCUUGGACCCACAAGUGCGUCUCCUUCUUGAAGUCACAUGGGAAGCUAUGGUUGAUGCCGGAAUCAACCCUAUCGACCUUCGUGGCACCAAGACGGGAGUGUUCGUCGGGUGCUCGGCCUCUGAAACCGGUGGAGCUCUCACUCAAGAUCCAGAGACUGUCACCGGCUACACAUUGACGGGAUGCGUUCGUUCAAUGUUCUCGAAUCGAAUCUCAUUCACUUUCGAUUUCCAAGGACCCUCGUUCUCUGUCGACACUGCUUGCUCAUCGUCGUUGCUCGCCCUGCAACUCGCCGUCGACUCGAUGCGUCAAGGCCAAUGCGAAUCAGCGAUCGUGGCCGGUUGUCAUCUCACUCUCACACCAACAGCUGCCCUUCAAUUCCUUCGAUUGGGCAUGUUAUCCGAUAAAGGAUCGUGUCGUUCGUUCGAUGACUCCGGUGAUGGAUAUUGUCGAACUGAGGGCAUUGCCGCGAUUCUUCUCCAAAGAAAAUCCAAAGCCAACAGAAUCUACGCCACUGUGCUUCAUGCAAAGUCGAACACUGACGGAAAUAAAGAACAAGGAAUCACUUUCCCGUCCGGUGAACGCCAAGCUCAGCUCUUGGAGGAAGUCUACUCAGAGGCUGGUAUCGACCCAAACACCGUCUACUAUGUGGAAAGCCAUGGAACUGGAACCAAGGUUGGUGACCCACAAGAAGCCAACGCGAUCACACAAGUCUUCUGCUCAAACCGGGAAACGCCGCUCUUGAUCGGAUCGGUGAAAUCAAAUAUGGGACACGCUGAGCCUGCUUCUGGACUUUGCUCUAUUGCAAAAGUCUUGUUGGCCAUUGAACGUCAACAAAUCCCACCGAAUCUCCACUAUCAAAAUCCCAAUCCCUACAUUCCUGGAUUGACCGAUGGACGCCUCAAAGUUGUCACCGAGCCCACGCCAAUCAAUGGAGGAGUCAUCGGAGUGAACUCGUUUGGAUUUGGAGGAUCGAAUACGCACGUCAUCCUCAGAGCCUCCGAUCACGUUGCCAAGCCUCUUCCUCCACCAACGUUCACAAAGAUUCUCACCUAUUCGGGAAGAACCCAAGAAUCGGUGAAUCAUGUCUUCGAGAAUGUCGAGAAUAACCAAAGCGACUAUCAUCUUCAACGACUUCUCGCAAAACAGGCCAAUCUUCCACCAAAGGAUACGCCAUUCCGUGGAUAUAUGCUCUUGAAUCGAGAAGGAGAAUUGCCACCACUCAAGGAUGUCCAAAAAGUGACGAUCACCGAGCCUCGCCCCGUCUACUUUGUCUACUCUGGAAUGGGAUCUCAAUGGCCGGGCAUGGCUCAAAAACUGAUGGCCGUUCCAGUGUUCAACGAUUCGCUCAAAGCUUCCAGCCGAUCUUUGGAGGAAUUCGGAGUCGAUGUUUACAAGAUGUUGCAAAGCUCGGACCCAUCACAAUACAAGAACAACACCCUCAACUGCAUGCUCGCCAUCUCGGCGAUUCAAAUCGCGUUGACCGACACGAUGAAGGCGCUCGGCGUGGAACCCGAUGGAAUCAUUGGGCACUCGACUGGUGAAAUGGGCUGUGGCUACGCUGACGGUUGCUUGACCGCUGAACAAACGAUGAAACUCGCCUACCACCGCGGAACGUCGAUCAUGAACUCGAAAAUCGAGGUGAAAGGAGGCAUGGCUGCUUUGGGAAUCACAUGGGAUGAAGCACAAAAGAAUUGCCCACCUGGAGUCGUCCCAGCUUGUCACAACGCUCAAGACAAUGUGACCGUCUCCGGAGAUUUGGAGGCUAUCGAGAAAUGGUGCGAAGAUCUGAAGGCUAAGGACAUUCUUGCUCGUCCAGUCGACUCUUCUGGCAUUCCAUUCCACUCUCCAGCCAUGUUGAAGGUGAAAGAGCCGAUGCUUUUAGCGAUGAGAACCGUUGUGCCCGAUCCAAAGCCCCGUUCUUCUCGUUGGAUCUCCACCUCGAUCCCUGAAGACGAAUGGGAGAGUGAUUUGGCUGCUACUUGCUCUGCUGACUACCAUGUGAACAACGCGUGCAGCCCAGUGCUCUUCUACGAAGCCUUGCAAAAGAUCCCCGCCAACGCCAUCACAAUCGAGUUAGCUCCACACUCUUUGAUGAACGGAAUUCUUCGACGAUCACUUCAGAAAACUGUCACCAACGUUGGCCUGAUGAAGCGCGAUGCCGAGAACGAGCUCGAGAGCUUCCUCUCCGCUCUCGGAAGAGCCUACCAAGCUGGAGCCACCAUCCAAAUCGAUCAACUCUACCCGCAAACCGAUGGUCCAGUGCCCAAGGGAACUCCAAUGAUUGGACCAAUGUGGAAAUGGGAUCACUCGCAAGAUUGGCCGGUCAUCGAUGGAAAGCUCAUGGCUUCUGGAGGAGUCGGUGGAAUGGCAGCUUCAGCCACCUACACUAUCGAUCCAUUCGCAGCUGACUCAAAAGAGGCCUACCUUUUGGACCAUUGCAUCGAUGGACGAGUUCUCUAUCCAUUCACUGGACAUAUGGUUCUUGCCUGGAAGACCUUGUGCAAACUAAAAGGAGUCGAUUUCCAAAAGACGCCAGUCGUUUUGGAGAAUAUCAACGUCUACUCAGCUACAAUUCUCACCAAGCCAAUCAAACUCGAUGUGGUCAUCACUCCAACCGGGCAAUUCGAGAUCAUCUAUGAUGAGCAAGUGGCCGCUUCUGGACACAUCUACAUUCCUGAUGAUACCCAACCACCCUACUACAACAAGCUCGAGGACAUCCGCACUUCUGCGAUCGCUGACCGCAUUGAGCUGGACACCGAGGAUGCCUACAAAGAGUUCCUCUUGAGAGGCUACGAGUACGGACAGGCUUUCCGUGGAAUCUAUCGCACGUGUAACUCGGGAGAGCGUGGAACGUUGUACUGGACGGGUAACUGGGUGACCUUCCUCGAUUCGCUCCUCCAAACGGCACUCUUGGCUGAACGAGCUGACAGCCUUCGUUUGCCGACGAGAGUGAGAUACCUCCGCGUUGACCCAGAGAAGCAUUUGGGAAGCGUGAUUGAGCAGGACGGAAUUCAGGUCAUCGAGCUUCGCAACGACCAUGCCACAAAUGGCUGUGUUGCCGGUGGAGUCGAAUGCUGUGACCUCACCGCUCACACUGUUGCCCGAAGAAUUCAAACAUCUGGACAACUCUAUCACGAGAAGAUCUUCUUCGUCAAACACUUCGACACCCACGCUUUGGCCGAGUUCCCCAAGGAGCGAGCGCUUCUCGAAGAAUAUUCCCGUAUUCUCUACAAUGUCCUCUCAGCUGGACUCCAGAAAUGGGACAAAGAGGGACUCCUUGGAAACUUCCGUCAAGGAAAGCUUCUACAAACUGUUUUGAAGGGAUUAAAGCCGACAAAGGCUACUGAAGAAGAGGUGAAUCGCUGGCUGAAUGAUCAAAAGGCUCCACUUCUUCAUGCGCUCAAUGACGCCUUUGAGACAACGUAUUACAAGAAUGACUACACUGUGGGAGAAUAUGAAGAGCUAAUCAGAAACAAGCUGAAAGCGUUGAAGGGAUCAUUUGAAAGGGAUUAUUUCUGGAAUUCGGUGAUGAAUCAAGAUCGUGUCUUCAAGACUGUGCAAGAUAUUUGCAUCGAGAACUCAGCCGGUCACAACUCGAAGUGUCUCAGCUUGGAGUUGUUCUCGGUGGAACAGUUGAAGUUGGCGAGAGAAGCUGUGUCUUCGCAUCCACUUUUGGAGUUGGACUGGCUCGUGGCUGGACCUGAGGUUGAUCUACUCGAUGAUAAUUCACUCGAGCAAAUCGGCGCCAAGAAGUACAAGCUCUCCCUUGAUGAUCCAGCUUUCAACGGAUCAAACGAAUUGAAGAAUAUGGACUACAUAAUUAUUGAUCGAGUGCUUGCACAAAAAUCCAACGCCGGUGCUUACUUGCAAGCGGUGAAGCACUUGCUCCGCGAUGACGGCUUCAUCAUCGCCAUUGAGACCACCAAAGACUAUGAGCUGGCCACCGCCGUUCACAGCCUCCUUGGACACGAAAUUGAUGUGGCCGAGGACCGAAAAUAUGGAGCUUUCUUCACGCAUGAGCAACUCUUGAAGCUCUUCGAGGACAAUGGAUUCAGAAUUUGCAACUAUCAAAGCGAUCCACUCAUGAUGACCACAACCUAUGCCAUUCGCAAGAUCCCCACUCAACCACGCGAGCCCGUCUUCGUCGAUGUGGAUGAUGUGAAAGAGUUCACUUGGAUCGAGCCACUCCAGAAAAUGGUCGAGGAUCGCCUCAACGAGCCCGAGUACAAGACCAUUUGGCUCACUUCGACCAAGGUCCGCAACAAUGGAGUCGUUGGAAUGGCCUUGUGCUUCGUGGAGGAGAAUCUGAAAGCAAACCGAUUCCGCACUCUCAUCGAUAUCUCAGUCAAUGAAAAGAACAGAGUUGGAAACCCGACAUUGACAAUGGAGAAGGAUUUGGUGAAAAACUGCAUCUCACUCGAUCUCCACGCAAACAACUAUCGCGAUGGAGUGUUCGGCUCGAUGAGGCACAUCGUCGUCAGGGACGAGGACGCUCAUCAAACGAAACAAUGCGAGCAUGCGUUCAUCAAUACCCUCGUUCGUGGUGAUGUCUCUUCACUCACCUGGUUCGAAUCACCCAACCAGUACUUCGAUCAAGCUGAAGAUAAAAGCUAUUAUCGAGGGGUCUCCGCUGAUAAGAAAGGAAAUCUCGAGCUGUGCCAUGUCUACUAUUCGGCUGUCAACUUCCGUGAUGUUAUGUUGGCGUAUGGCCGUCUUCCACCAGAUGCCAUUCCUGGACAAUUCGCCGAUCGUGAAUGCUUGUUGGGAAUGGAGUUCUCGGGACGAUUGAGAAAUGGACGAAGAAUUAUGGGUAUUCUUCCGGCUCAAGCUCUUGCCACCACCGUCGUUGUCGAUCGUGAAUACGCUUGGGAUGUACCCGAUCAUUGGACUCUUGAAGAGGCGGCAACUGUGCCCGUUGUUUACACCACCGCUUACUAUGCUCUGAUCAUUCGAGGAAGAAUCCGCAAGGGAGAACGAGUUCUCAUUCACGGAGGCUCGGGAGGAGUCGGACAAGCCGCCAUUGCUAUCGCUUUGGCUCAUGGAUGUGAGGUGUUCACCACCGUUGGAUCCAACGAGAAACGCGACUACCUCAAGAAGAAAUUCCCGCAACUUCAGGACAAACACUUUGCCAACUCAAGAUCUGCCGACUUUGAGCUUCACAUUCGCCAUGUCACCAAGGGUCGUGGAGUCGAUGUCGUGUUGAACUCGUUGGCUCUUCACAUGCUUCAGGCGUCCGUCCGUUGCUUGGCUCAGCACGGUCGCUUCCUCGAGAUCGGAAAAGUUGACCUUGCUCAAAACUCGGCCCUCGGAAUGGCGGUCUUCUUGAAAAACGUGACAUUCCACGGAAUUCUUCUCGACGCCGUCAUGGAUCAAUCGAUCGGAAAUCACGAUGAUUGGCUUGAGAUCUCGCGUCUUUUCCAAGAAGGACUCAAGAACGGAGUCGUCGAACCACUCAAGGCGAACACUUUCCCUGCCGAUAAAGCCGAGGAUGCUUUCCGUUUCAUGUCCGCUGGAAAGCACAUCGGAAAAGUGCUCAUGGCCAUUCGAGAUGAGGAGAAGCAAAAGGUCUGCCCACCAACUCCAAUCUCGGUGAAAGCUAUUUGCCGAACUCUUUGCCAUCCACAACACGUUUACAUCAUCACUGGAGGUCUCGGAGGAUUCGGACUCGAGUUGGCGCAAUGGUUGAUCAAUCGUGGAGCGAGAAAGCUUGUGUUGACGUCUCGCUCGGGAAUCAAGACCGGAUAUCAAGCUCGUUGUGUGUCGUUCUGGAGAAGAACUGGAGUCUCGGUGUUAAUCUCGACAAUGAACAUCGCCAAGCAAGAUGACGCCAAUGAGUUGGUCAAACAAGCACAACAUAUGGGACCAGUUGGAGGACUCUUCCAUUUGGCUAUGGUGCUCCGCGAUUGCCUCUUCGAGAACCAGAAAGUUCAGAACUUCAAGGACGCUGCUGAGGCCAAAUACUAUGGAACAAUGAACAUCGACAUGGCUACUCGUCGCCUAUGCGGAAAAGAAAUGAAAUGGUUCGUUGUGUUCUCAUCGAUCACUUCUGGAAGAGGAAACGCUGGACAAACGAACUAUGGAUGGUCGAAUUCGACAAUGGAGAGAAUGAUCGAACAUCGACGAGAGGACGGACACCCAGGAAUUGCCAUUCAAUGGGGAGCCAUUGGUGAUGUGGGAGUGAUUCUUGAGAACAUGGGAGACAACAACACUGUGGUCGGAGGAACCCUCCCUCAACGUAUGCCGUCGUGCUUGGCCGCUUUGGAUCUUUUCCUCUCAUGGAAUCAUCCAAUUGUCUCCUCGUAUAUCAAAGCUGACCUGGGAGCAAAGAAGGCGAGUGGUGGUGGAAAUCUCCUCCAAACGAUCGCCCAUAUUCUCGGAGUGAACGACGUCUCCCAAUUGAACCCCGAUGCCAACCUCGGAGAUCUCGGAUUGGACUCGCUCAUGGGCGUUGAGAUCAAGCAAGCUCUCGAGCGUGACUACGACAUUGUGCUCUCGAUGAAGGACAUCCGAACACUCACCCUCAACAAAUUGCAACAACUUGCCGAGAGUGGAGGAGCUAGUUCAACAGCUCUUCAAACCACUGAGAUGGACAUGAAGAAAGAGGGAGAAGCGAACGCUGAACAGAACACCGUUGAGAUGCUCGAGAAGCAAAUGAAUCAACUCUUCAAGAUGAGAGUCGACGUGAAUGACUUGGAUCCACAAGAUAUGAUUGUCAAGGGAAACAAGGUUGAAGAGGGACCAACAACUUUCUUCCUUCACUCAAUCGAAGGAAUUGCUACUCCGCUCAAGAAGGUAAUGGCCAAGUGCGAUUUCCCCGUCUACUGCUUGCAAGCCACCCGAGAAGUCCCACAAGACUCGAUCGAAGCGGUGGCCAAGCGAUAUAUUAAAGAGAUCAAGAAGAUUCAACCGAAUCCCCCAUAUCGACUCGUUGGAUAUUCGUAUGGAGCGUGCAUCGGAUUCGAGAUGGCCAAAACCCUUCAAGAGACUGAAGGAGCCGACGCUGUGGAGAGACUGAUCCUCCUCGAUGGAUCCCACCUCUACAUGCAAACGUACAGAAAUGUUUACCGAAUGGCCUUCGGAGUGACAGGAGACACUCUCGUCAACAAUCCCCUCUUCGAGUCGGAGAUCAUGUGCGCGAUGACUCUCCGCUUCGCUAACGUCGAUUACAAGAAAUUCCGAGUCGAACUUCUGCAACAACUCGGCUUCAAGGCUCGAGUACAGAAGGUGGUUGACACAGUGAUGACGACGGGGCUCUUCAAAUCGGCCGAAACUGUGGCCUUCGCUUGCCAGGCGAUGCACAGCAAAUUCUUGAUGGCCGACAAGUACAAGCCCGACGGAAAAUUCAAGGGACUCAUCACACUCAUCCGAGCAGAGCAAGGAGCCGCCCGAGAAGAAGAUGUGGGACAAGACUAUGGAAUAAGCAUGGUCUCCGAGGACUCGAAAGUCUACGUGGUCGAGGGUGAUCAUGACACAUUUGUGCAAGGAAAGAGUUCGAACAAGACAGUCGCCAUCAUCAAUGAGCUCAUCAAAGAGACUCACCGACAACAA